UACCUUAGCUUUGUCCCACGAAACCCCACGGAGAAGAGCAGAUGCAGGGGGCGGCGGCGACCAAGCAGUCACGGAAGGCCGACCGCGGCGCGGCGGGGACGGAGGGGAGCAAGGGCGACGGCGCCAAGGUCGCGGCGGCGGACAUGGUGAGGAGCGACGGCGGCGACAGGGCCGGGGACACGAAGGGCGACGCGGCCGGCGGCGGAGACAAGGGCGCGUUCCACGGCAUGUCGGCCGUGGAGGCGAAGGACUCGCAGACCAUCGUGGCGCUGCAGUCGCCGGUGACCGUGAUGCGCCCCGUCCGCGGCGACCUGGAGGAGCACGUCCCCAAGCCAUAUCUGGCGCGAGCCCUGGCGGCGCCGGACAUCUACCACCCGGACGGCACGACGGACGGGCACGGGCACCACCACAUGAGCGUGCUGCAGCAGCACGUCGCCUUCUUCGACCGCAACGACGACGGCAUCAUCUACCCCUGGGAGACCUACCAGGGAUGCCGCGCGCUCGGGUUCAACCUGCUCAUGUCUCUCCUCAUCGCGCUCGUCGUCAACGGGACCAUGAGCUACGCGACCCUGCCCGGCUGGCUGCCGUCUCCUCUGUUCCCGAUCUACGUCCACAACAUCCACAAGAGCAAGCACGGCAGCGACUCCGGGACCUACGACAACGAGGGCAGGUUCAUGCCGGUGAACUUUGAGAACAUGUUCAGCAAGUACGCGCGCACGUCCCCGGACCGGCUCACCUACCGGGAGCUGUGGUCCAUGACCGAGGGCUUCAGGGAGGUGUUCGACUUGUUCGGCUGGUUCGCGGCGAAGCUGGAGUGGACGAUCCUGUACGUGCUGGCGCGGGACGAGGAGGGCUUCCUGGCGCGGGAGGCCAUGCGGCGCGUCUACGACGGCAGCCUCUUCGAGUACGUGGAGAGGCAGCGCGCGCAGCACGCCAAGAUGUCCUAGGCUCCCUGCUGCCGUCUCCCAGCUCGAGACGCGAGGUGGAAGCGCAGCGAUCUGAACCCGUGUAGGUGUAGCUAAAGCUAGGACCCGGAUCCGCCCGUGGCCGGCUUUCUCUGAGAUCCGGAUGUGAAUAACCGUGGGCGGCGUCGGAGCAUGUACUCGUCGUCGUCGUCGUCGUUCGACCUCAAUAAUGCAGGAGUUCGCCGGGGAUUUCCGGGUUCGCCGGCCGA